CUGCCCUCCUCGGGGCGGCGAGGCCGAGAGGGUUGUAGAAGGGUCCACGCACGCCCCGCAGCCCACAAAGGUGCCGCCGCUGCACACAGGCUGUGUGCCAGCGCAGCGCGACGAAACCGGAAGUGGAACCCGAAGGCUCUGAGGGCACCGCUAAGCGGCGCUCUGGCGGGGAUGGGCGGGGCGUACUACAUGUCCCAUGAGUCUCUGCGGUGGGCGGGGCGCACUACGAGUCCCAGUGGUCUCCGCGGCAGGAGAGGGAUGAGGCGUCGCCGCCGGCCGCGGGGAGGCGGAGUGGAGCUGAGUUAGCGUCGCAGACCGCCUGCUGUUGGGCUGAGGCCCGCGUUCGGGGCGCCCUCUAGCGCGUCCUUUCCACUCAGCGGCCACCCGGGUUCCGUAAGAUUUGUUUAACUUCUGAGGGGGAAAAAAAACCCCAAAACAACAACAAGCUAGCUGAGUGGUCAGUAGCAACUCAAUGGACCCGGCCCUGGAGAGCAGUGAGUUUGUGAACAGAAUGUGGGUCCAGUGUGAGAAUGAAGGCUGCUUGAAAUGGAGGAUGCUGUCUGCUGAGGCUGCGGCCAGGGUGGAGCACAGUGAACCCUGGUACUGCUUCAUGAACACUGACUCCAGCUACAACAGCUGCUCGGUUUCUGAGGAGGAUUUUCCUGCAGAGUCUCAGUUCCUGGAAAGCGGGUAUAAGAUUGUCUAUUCACAGCUUCCUCUUGGAAGCUUGGUAUUGGUAAAAUUACAGAAUUGGCCAAGUUGGCCAGGAAUACUUUGUCCUGAUCCUUUCAAAGGAAAAUAUGUGACUUAUGACCAGGAUGGAAAUGUUGAAAAGUAUCACAUAGAAUUUCUGGGUGACCCCCACUCAACAGCAUGGAUAAGUGCAACAUUUGUUGGACAUUACAGUCUCACAUUAAAGACGGCAGAAUGUACACAUAGGAAGAGGUGGUAUAGAAGUGCCCUUGAGGAGGCGUACCAGCUCUACAGGCAUUCUCCUGAGCAAAGACUAGAGGUGUGCUGCCUAUCAAAACGGGAUAGAGCCAAAGCAGGGGCUAAAGCUGCUGUGGUGGCCAAGAAAAGGAUGCAAGUUUCCAAAAAUAAUAUUGAAAAAUAUUAUUCCAAAAAUAAUAAGAAAAAGCCCAAGGUUAGAAAGAGGAAAAGGAAUGCUGCUUUAAAAUGUUCUGUUGAAAAUGUUUGUUCUGAUGAAGCCUUAUCAAAGGAAAACAUGGUUGUCUCUGAGACGGAGUGUUUACUGAAAGAACUGGAGAAAAUGCUGCAGCAAGUACAAGAGCCCACAGCAAGAGCUGAAGAACCAGGGCGAGAACAGUUGUCUCAAUGCAGCCUGGAAGCCCCCACAGGCAGUCCAUUUCAGAGCUACCAUGAAGAAGACUGUAUUCAGAGCUACCAUGAGACAGGACUAAAAGCUGGAGAAUGUAUUGAGAACAUAACUAACAAUUUAAAAAAGAUAGAUGCCCUAAUAUCUGAAUUUUAGGAUGUUACUCAAGUAUUUCCAAAAGUUAAUUAUAAAAACACUAGAAAUCUUUAUAUUUUCCUGUCAAACAUUAGUGAAAGAGGCAUUAAAAACUGACAUUUGUUAUAAAUUUAUACUUUGUGAAUGCCCAUGGCUUUGGGAGCCUAUCAAGUGACAUUUAAGUUAGGGUGUUAAAAUUGUAGAAUUUUAAAGUCUUGAUUUUUGUAUUGUAGACUUUUUUGUUUGCUUGAUUUUUAGAAUUCUUUAUGAAACUUAUCUCAUAAACAGGUGCUGUACAAUAAGUGUUUAGGCCCUUCUUCAAAUGUGACUCUUAAAAUGGCUGCCUGUUCUGUUACCAGUCUCAGAGAGAACUUAAAUGUAACACAUGUGGAAAGUGUUUUUGUAGUUGUCUAGAAUAUUUUAAGUUAUAAGGAAAUAUUUAAAAAAUAGUCAUAUAAUAAAGUUUGAGAAUUCUUAAAAGACAAAAA